UUUGCCGCGGCACGCAGCCAGUCCCUUUGACUGUCAAACUAUUUACGUAUUGAGAUCGGUUGAAAAUUCGAGGAACUUAUGAACAGGUAAACUAACAAAAAUGCUGCGCGGGUACGAGGGCGUGAGGUACAUCUCGGAUAAGCAGAUGGUGGUGUUUGACAUCGGUAGCGCGUACACAAAAUUCGGCUACGCGGGCGAGGCGACGCCACGCGGUAUCAUUCGAACGGAGGUGAGAUGCUCGGAGUCGAAGAAGACGCGCAAAAUCGUCGAUUACAAGGACACCGAGGACCUGUAUCAACUGCUCGUAGACUUUCUCCAUUUAUUGUUCUUUAAGUACGUUGUGGUAAGCCCGAAAGAUGUGAGGAUAUUGCUCCUGGAGUCUCCGCUGGCGGUGACGCUGUUCCGAGACACCCUCGCGAAAGUCAUGUUCAGACACUUCGAGGUCGGCUCUAUACUGUUUCUGCCGAGCCACUUGGCGACGAUCAGCACCCUCGCUGUCGACACUGCCCUGGUGCUGGACGUUGGAUACCGGGAGGCGACUCUGAUCCCGAUCUUUGAGGGGAUACCGGUGCUCAAGGCCUGGCAAGCGUUGCCUCUGGGCGGACAAACUGUCCACGAGAACUUGGGAAAGUACUUUCGCGACGCGGCAAGCAGCCUGGACUUGUCCGAGAAGAUGCUGGAGGACAUCAAGGUGAGAAUGUGCUUCGUAACCACGCUAGAGAGAGCCGCGAAGCUAGGGACCGAGGCCGCUCCGACUCCGCCGCCCGACGUCACGUAUCCCGGUGUCAGGAGGCUCUUGAUACCCGGCGAGAUCAGGGAAAAGGCGUUCGAGGUACUGUGGGAGAGGGACAACGAUAAUCUCUCGCUGCCCACUAUGAUACUCGACGCUAUCGUUAAGUGCCCGUUGGACAUGAGGCGCGUCUUGGCCGAGAAUAUAAUACUCGUCGGAGGGACAAGCAUGACCAAAGGCUUCGCGAGUCGUCUCAGGUCGGAACUGCUGGCUCUGGUCAAAAGCGAUCUGUACAAGACCGCGUUGAAGGUGGAGUCGUUUAAAUUCCACACGGCGCCCAGCAAACCGAAUUACACGGCGUGGCUGGGCGGUGCGAUCUUCGGCACGACCGACUUGCCGCUGCGUUGCUUGACGAAGGAAGUGUAUCUAAAGAUGAAUCGAGUUCCCGACUGGCCUAAUCUUAUGGACAAUCAGAAGGAUGAAACUUCUUACGAAAUCUGAAGAACCGAGCACGCCACCAAGUAUUUAAAAGAGCAAUCUAUAAAAGAAGGGCAAGUAGACAAUUGUAUUUGUUUUAUAAUUAUAUGUAAUUAUUUAUAAAUUGUAAUUAUUCAUAUUGUACAUAUAAUCGUUUACCAAUCUUGUUAAUUUUACCGAUGCGCCUUUUUAUACUUUAUAUAAUUACAACCGCAAUUUCACAAAAUACUGCUGUAACUCCAGAACUGGUUGAUGAAAAUAAAAUUUAAAAUAUACAUCAGGA